AUGGCUUCCAACGCCCCUACGGUCCGGCACGCCCGGCGAGAAGAUGUGCCCGCAAUUCUGGAGCUGAUCCGCGAGUUGGCGGAUUACGAAAAGGAGCUUGACAGUGUUGAGGCGACCGAGGCCAAGCUCCUCGAGACCAUUGCAUUUGCGCCCUCUCAGCCGAGCGCCUCAACGUCAAGCGACAGCACCGCUCUUCCGCAGACGGAACCAACCUCUCCUUCCAAACCCGCCCGCUGUCUUGUUUUAACUACCCCCGGUGGUAUUGUGGCAGGCAUGGCGCUGUACUUUUACAACUACAGCACAUGGCGGGCGCGGCCGGGUAUCUACCUCGAGGAUCUGUACGUCAAGCAGAGCGAACGCAAGAACGGCUACGGCAAGCGCCUGCUGGUGGAGCUGGCUAAGGAGGUCGUUGCCAUGCGCGGUGGUCGGUUGGAGUGGGUGGUACUCAAGUGGAACGAGCCGUCUAUCCAGUUCUACGAGAGCAUUGGUGCUAAGCAGAUGAGUGAGUGGGUGGGCAUGCGGGUGGACGGGGAAGCGCUCACGAAAUUGGCGACGCUGCUGGAUUGA